AAUAAUAAUAAUAAUAAUAAUAAUAAUAAUAAUAAUAAUAAUAAUAAUAAUAAUAAUAAUAAUAAUAAUAAUAAUAAUAAUAAUAAUAAUAAUAAUAAUAAUAAUAAUAAUAAUAAUAAUAAUAAUAAUAAUAAUAAUAAUAAUAAUAAUAAUAAUAAUAAUAAUAAUAAUAAUAAUAAUAAUAAUAAUAAUAAUAAUAAUAAUAAUAAUAAUAAUAAUAAUAAUAAUAAUAAUAAUAAUAAUAAUAAUAAUAAUAAUAAUAAUAAUAAUAAUAAUAAUAAUAAUAAUAAUAAUAAUAAUAAUAAUAAUAAUAAUAAUAAUAAUAAUAAUAAUAAUAAUAAUAAUAAUAAUAAUAAUAAUAAUAAUAAUAAUAAUAAUAAUAAUAAUAAUAAUAAUAAUAAUAAUAAUAAUAAUAAUAAUAAUAAUAAUAAUAAUAAUAAUAAUAAUAAUAAUAAUAAUAAUAAUAAUAAUAAUAAUAAUAAUAAUAAUAAUAAUAAUAAUAAUAAUAAUAAUAAUAAUAAUAAUAAUAAUAAUAAUAAUAAUAAUAAUAAUAAUAAUAAUAAUAAUAAUAAUAAUAAUAAUAAUAAUAAUAAUAAUAAUAAUAAUAAUAAUAAUAAUAAUAAUAAUAAUAAUAAUAAUAAUAAUAAUAAUAAUAAUAAUAAUAAUAAUAAUAAUAAUAAUAAUAAUAAUAAUAAUAAUAAUAAUAAUAAUAAUAAUAAUAAUAAUAAUAAUAAUAAUAAUAAUAAUAAUAAUAAUAAUAAUAAUAAUAAUAAUAAUAAUAAUAAUAAUAAUAAUAAUAAUAAUAAUAAUAAUAAUAAUAAUAAUAAUAAUAAUAAUAAUAAUAAUAAUAAUAAUAAUAAUAAUAAUAAUAAUAAUAAUAAUAAUAAUAAUAAUAAUAAUAAUAAUAAUAAUAAUAAUAAUAAUAAUAAUAAUAAUAAUAAUAAUAAUAAUAAUAAUAAUAAUAAUAAUAAUAAUAAUAAUAAUAAUAAUAAUAAUAAUAAUAAUAAUAAUAAUAAUAAUAAUAAUAAUAAUAAUAAUAAUAAUAAUAAUAAUAAUAAUAAUAAUAAUAAUAAUAAUAAUAAUAAUAAUAAUAAUAAUAAUAAUAAUAAUAAUAAUAAUAAUAAUAAUAAUAAUAAUAAUAAUAAUAAUAAUAAUAAUAAUAAUAAUAAUAAUAAUAAUAAUAAUAAUAAUAAUAAUAAUAAUAAUAAUAAUAAUAAUAAUAAUAAUAAUAAUAAUAAUAAUAAUAAUAAUAAUAAUAAUAAUAAUAAUAAUAAUAAUAAUAAUAAUAAUAAUAAUAAUAAUAAUAAUAAUAAUAAUAAUAAUAAUAAUAAUAAUAAUAAUAAUAAUAAUAAUAAUAAUAAUAAUAAUAAUAAUAAUAAUAAUAAUAAUAAUAAUAAUAAUAAUAAUAAUAAUAAUAAUAAUAAUAAUAAUAAUAAUAAUAAUAAUAAUAAUAAUAAUAAUAAUAAUAAUAAUAAUAAUAAUAAUAAUAAUAAUAAUAAUAAUAAUAAUAAUAAUAAUAAUAAUAAUAAUAAUAAUAAUAAUAAUAAUAAUAAUAAUAAUAAUAAUAAUAAUAAUAAUAAU